AUUUAUUUGUUUUGCAAGUGAAUCUUCACAGACAAACGUGCCGAUAUGAACUCAACGUGGGACCGUAUGGACUCGUUUCAAGAGGCUUUCAUCAAGAACUUCAUUCUGGUUUUUCUGGGCAUAGCCAUCAACUACGUCAAUGGGACAUUUGUGGCCAUCUUCUUCACUAACCAGAUAUUCUACACUGAAUCGAGGUAUAUACUCUACAUCAACAUGGUAAUUAAUGACAUGAUCAUGCUAUCAUUAACAGUCGCUAUACAUGUGGCGACCUAUAUUUCGCCAUUAUUCAAAAUGCCAGUCUGUUGCGUCGUAAUUAUAAUAGGCUCUACCACCCACAAGAACACCCCCCUGAACCUGGCUGGCAUGGCGAUCGAGCGCUAUAUCGCCGUCUGCAACCCGCUGCGCCACGCCGAGGUCUGCACCAUACGCAGAACCUACAUCGCCCUGGCCAUCACCUGGGGUGUGGCAGCCGUGCCUGCGUUGUCAGACCUCGUAAUUACACUUGUGACGCAACCGUUUAGUUUUUUUUCCAAAGCUCUUCUGUGUUAUUCCUUUAAUGUAUACAAUACGCGACACCAUGUGGAUAGUGUUACACCAGUGCUAGUUAUUUACCUUUCCUUCGUGUGGCUAACUCUGGUCUAUACUUACUUCAGAGUCCUGUUCGCAGCGAAAGCCGCCAGUACAGAUCCCAUUUCAGCCCGAAGGGCUCGGAAUACGAUCCUGCUCCACGGGGCGCAGCUGAUGCUGUGCAUGCUCUCGUACAUCGCACCUUGGUGCGACAUGUUUUUCCUGCAGUUAUUUCCGAAUCACAGAACGAAGAUACUCUUCGCAACUUUUGUCAUUUCGAAUGUUUUGCCGAGGCUCUUAAGUCCGCUGAUCUAUGGAAUUAGAGACCAGAAGUUGUUUAAGUGCAUGAAAGGAUAUUAUUGUGCGGCGGAGAUACAAUAAUAAAAUGCCAUUGUAAAAUAUACUUUUCACAAAUCUCUACACCAACUAGAUAAAGGGAAAGCUAUGUUAUAUACUAACAAGAGUAUGCUCAUUGUACACAGUCUUUGCGGAACUUAAUACUCUCAGAAAUUUGUUGUAGUGUUAUACUGCCUACAUACACAUCUGCACAUGUCACUUAACCAACAUUGUGACAACUGAAAUGGACUCCAUCGAAAGAGGGUGCUUGAGAAGUUAUAUUAAGUGGAUGUUUAAAUUUAAAUUCAAGAACAUUUUAUAAAUGAGGCUUCAGAUCUAGGAUUCCAGGUUUCCUUUCUCCAUAUUAAUCUAAUAUAAAAAAUUUAGCACUGCAUUCUUAAAUUGGAGAGAAGUUUUAUCUUGAAAUGAAGAUACACGCUGUGUUCUCGAUUACUUAACACUAGAGGGCAGCAUUCGCAAAGAUAAAGGCACAUAAACUGAUCAACUUGUGAAUGAUUCGUUUAAAGAAUGGUGAGUUCAAAUCGGUAGAUUGCAUUCAAAUUGAAAUUGAGUCAAAUAAUUCAAUAUCCUCAAAAUCGUGUGCUAAAAACAAUAACAAAUCAAAGAUGAAAAUUAUAAUGUCCUCAGUCUUUAUUUCCUAACUAACUGAGUGAAAACAUAACCAUAUUUAUGUUCUGCAUAGAAGGCUUACAGUGUUUAGUGAGACAUAGCAAUCUAAGAUAUCAGGUGGCAAAAAAAUAUUAAUGCCCGGAAGCAUGAAUGUGUUUCUCACACAGAGAGCCUAGCCCACACGUCUGCAUAUGUCAUGAUGUCACAGGCUUUGCAGAUGGAAUGAGCUCAAGUAGGUAAUCAAACAGAUACCGAAGUUGUAUACUGCCACAGGCUGCUCAGUAGAACUGGUUUGCUCCAUUGCCAUGCAUGCAUUUCACUUCUACAUGGGUUUCAUCCAUGCCUGGUAUCACUCUCAAUACCAAUCACCAUUGCUACAGCAUUUCUGGAUUAUCCCAAUGGACCGGUGUCUCCUUCGGUGGCACAAUGCUUUUGAGUCAAAAUCAAACUGCUUUGUAUCAAUGCUUUCGUAUAUCUACGAUAAUUUCAUCAAAUUCCCAAAGAAAAGUGAUUCAGAAGUGAUACAUGUUCAACCCCGUAACAACUAUACAACACUGUUGUAGUCAGUCCAAAAUGUAAAUCUCCCAUAGGUGUUCAACUGGGAUCUAGUC